AUGCAUAAGAACUAUCCAAGUGCCAUUGCCAAGGGAGAAGAGAAGAACACAGCUGAACUUGAACUUUGUCAAAAUGAAGACCUCGUUGUAGCCGUUGGACCCAAGUUAAAAGAAGCGUUCUCGUGCAAGUUGCGUUUAUAUCAUAUCUUUCAACUAAUACCAGGUUCCUUUGCAGAGUUUUCAGAUAUUAAACAUGCUGCACAUGAUGGUGUAAAUUUCAGAGUAUUGAGCUUCGGUCGCGGUGAUUUGGAAGACUUUAGUCUUAAAGGAUACGACGUUGCCGCUAAAUCCAUAGUUGAACUGAAGGACAGUUCCUAUAUUCUGAUUUUCGUUGGUGCAUCCAAGGGAAGGCAGGAUAAAGUCGCAGAAAACUUACUCCGGACUGGCAUUUCAAAGAACCAGCUGAUUGUGAAAUCGUUUGUGAAAGACACACAAAAAUUGAGAGAAUUGUUUUGUGCUGUCGAACUGGCCAUCAUGCCACCAAGAACUGAGGGGUUUGGUUUGACAGCAUUGGAGGCCAUGUCAGCUGGUCUUCCCAUUCUGGUUAGUGGAAACUCCGGGUUUGGAAAAAACAAUGCGUAAACUUCCAAUGGCUGAGUCAUUUGUGAUCGACUCUGAUGACCCCAAAGAAUGGGCAAAAGCAGUUGCAGCCAUCCGUCAAAAAUCAAGGACACAGCGGCUUGAGGAAAUCCAAAGACUUCGAAGAAGUUAUGAUCAAACAUUCUCUUGGGAGAGACAGUGCCAGGUCCCCCUCUGCAGAAUAUGGAAGAUGGUCUAUGGUAAGAAAAUGGUAUAUGUCCAUUGCUUCUGCAAUAGCGAGUACAUAAAUACAUUUUUACUAUAUUAUGUAUCGUGGUCCAUGUGCAUCGCUGAAGAAAUGUUGCCGUUGACCUUUUUAACCCUAAUGGUGGCAUUCACUUAUCCACACCGUUCUCGGUACACUUCUUGUGUUACUGAACAAUUUCAUGUUUAAGAAUUUUAUUUAUAAUUUUAUAAAAUGUUGGCUAGCGAUACAUGAAAAUUAAAAUCCACAACAUUGCGAUACAUCAAAGUCAUUUGAUUUCUAUUCAUAUGCAGUAGCAAUGGUGGUGUUCUCUUGUACAUAAAAAGAACGUCGCAAAAAAAGACUAGCUAAACUUUUGGCUUAUAAUUUGUCACAAAAAUGAAAGGGGGGCUUCUGAGGUUGAAAUCUUUCUUUUUUUUAAGAGUGCCAUUUUUCUCUGUAAGUCGUUGCUUUUUUUAACUUUACAGGUCGUGGAAAAACCAAACGAGAUGACGUUCCACAGAACGACUUUGAAAAGGACACUUCAACAGAACCGAUAGCAGGUAAUGUCAUUGUUUGCUUUGUCAGUUGAACCAACGACAAAUGUUCUUCUUUUUUUGCAGCGGAGUGAGGUUAUUUUCUUCUGUUGAACCAGGGUACUUUCAAUUAUUGAGGUGCAUCUCCAAGUAAACUGACGUAGACUAACUGUUUCCCUCUCCUGCUUACAGGCCAAACCUUUUAAAUUCACUGCUAAUUUUAAACUUUACAGGUGUUGAAAAAACCCAAGAAAAUGAAGUUCCACAGAAUGACUUUGAAAAGGAUGCUGCAUCAGGACCGAUGGCAGGUAAUGCCAUUGUUUGCUUUGAGACUCAAAGCAAAGCCAAUAUAUGUUUUUGCAGUAGAGUGAGGUUAUUUAGUUCUUUGGAGACCACAGUAAUUUUUACUGAAAUUGUCUGCUGUUUUGAGCUUCAGACCAGUGCAGCAUCUCCUAUUAAACUGCCAUGAAAUAACCUCUAUNUGAAAAGGACACUUCAACAGAACCGAUAGCAGGUAAUGUCAUUGUUUGCUUUGUCAGUUGAACCAACGACAAAUGUUCUUCUUUUUUUGCAGCGGAGUGAGGUUAUUUUCUUCUGUUGAACCAGGGUACUUUCAAUUAUUGAGGUGCAUCUCCAAGUAAACUGACGUAGACUAACUGUUUCCCUCUCCUGCUUACAGGCCAAACCUUUUAAAUUCACUGCUAAUUUUAAACUUUACAGGUGUUGAAAAAACCCAAGAAAAUGAAGUUCCACAGAAUGACUUUGAAAAGGAUGCUGCAUCAGGACCGAUGGCAGGUAAUGCCAUUGUUUGCUUUGAGACUCAAAGCAAAGCCAAUAUAUGUUUUUGCAGUAGAGUGAGGUUAUUUAGUUCUUUGGAGACCACAGUAAUUUUUACUGAAAUUGUCUGCUGUUUUGAGCUUCAGACCAGUGCAGCAUCUCCUAUUAAACUGCCAUGAAAUAACCUCUAUGUUAUGUUAAGUUUUUCAUCUUUCGUUUACAGGCGAACCCACUUUUAUUGUACUUCAACAAAUCAUACGGGAAGCACGCAUAGAGUCCAGCAAAACUGAGCUGUCGCAAGCUUUGAAGAGGACUGCAAUGGAAAAAGGUUUUGCAAUUUCUGACAAUCAAGGAGGGGGAAACUGCAUGUUUUUUGCACUUUCAGGACAGCUUGACCUUAUCAAAGGAAUCAAAAUCUCCCACGAUGAGUUACGCCGAACUAUUGUUCAACAACUUCGGGAAAACCCUAAGCUGGUAAGUGCCUUUUUCUGUUUUAUUAUUUUUAGAGUGGACAUUUUUGCAGUAUAUGCGCGUGGCCCGUCAGUAAGCAAUUAAAUAGUUAACAUCCCUUCCCCCCCCUCUCUCUCUUACACGUGUAACGGACACCUCCCUAAAAGUGUUUGUCUCUGCCGUUCUUAACUGGUUUUUUUUUUACAUUUUUAAGGUUAGGUCAUUAAAAUGAAGUGGAAUAAAUAAUUUUCUCUCUGUCUCGUGAAUAAAAUGCGGUUGAAUCUCAUUAAGAUAAAGCCACGAGCUAUUUUUACGUAGUAUUUAGUACAUCCAUUUAUAUAGCUUAUAGGGAUCAUGCCCUUAUAUUGACAAACGGUAGAUUAGUCCAAAUUGUGUGUGUCAUGUCUUUAUUUGGUCAUGAAGACACCUGUGACUUAAAAUCACUGAGCCACGAUGCCCUCAUUGUCCAUUGCAGACAUCUUAGGCUGUCUUCACACUAUACGGUAUAGCUUUUUCGCCGGUACGAAAAUCAUACUGGAUGGGGUUUCAGUUCACACGUGAGAAAGGUGAUUUCGGCGCGAUUUCUUUAACGCGCCGAUGCAGCUGUCUCUUUCGAAAAACGGUCGCUGUAAUUUUUUAGACACUAAGAAAAUUUUUUAUCUGUAUUUAGAGUGUUUCUGUAAAAAAAGAAAGAGAAUCGCAAUCCAAGGUAAAACCCGGACCUCGAACCCGGAGCUUUCGUAUCCUAAUCUCUCUCCCUUACCAAUAGACUACCCCACCGACCCGCCAAAAUACCGAAAAAAUUUAAGUACAUACACUGACAAACUGUCUUUCUUAACUGUUACAUCAAUAACAGGUGACCCUAGACCUUUCCAUAAAUUUUAACGAAAAUUCAACUUGGCUCCAACGCCGUUUUCUAGCGCUAUUCAAAAACGUAUUAUUUGCCUUUUUGUAACUAAAUCCAGAGAAUAUAUUACGUCUAUCAUGACUAAAGGCUUGGUUACUAAUGCUGGCAUCGACCGUUAAAAAUGGAAAAGGCUGAUUACGAAAGGGAAUGAGGCCGUGGCGAUCUCUUAAGUGGAGAGUCACAUAUCGGAUAGAUGUUCACACUAUACUGGAUGGCUUUUCGUGUCGUCAUGAAAGCUUAUCUGGUAUUGUUUGAACUAGCUUCAUUGUUCUGGUUCCGGUUCACUGAUUCUUGGCGCGCAAAGGAGAUAAAGGCGUCAUCGACGUUAAUAUAUUCCACUUCAAAAAAAGACGUCUAACUGGUGUGUCCUUAAUACUACUGAGGGGGACAUAUUAUUUCUAAUGGUGUCGUCUUAGAGAGAGCUGACAGCGCAGCUGCCUGAAUAUAUACCUUCUACAAAAGCACUCUACCUUUUUCUCUAUUAACUACAGUAUUUUCUUUCUUACAGCCGGAUGGGACAGAACUGUUUCAUUUUGUUGAUGGAUAUCCAUCUUGGGAUGCCUACCUCACAAGUAUGAUGGCAGAUGGUACAUGGGGUGAUCACGUUGUUCUACACGGCGCGGCAAACUGUUUUCGAACGUGCAUCCAUGUGAUUAGCAGUCUUCUACAUCGCUAUGACGUAAUGAUAUGCCCAGAGUUUGAUGUUACUGGUAGCAACCGGCUUGUGCUGGGUCACCUGCACGAGCUUCACUAUGUCAGCCUUAUUCCACAGAUAGGAGGUAAAGAUGUCUGA